UCUCUUCGCCUGCGCAACUCACUUCACCCACCGUCGAAAUUGCAGUGAAGCUGAGCUAAGCUAACAGCCAACGUAGCAGAAUGGAGCAAACUUUCAUCAUGAUUAAGCCCGAUGGUGUCCAGAGGGGCCUGGUCGGGGAGAUUAUCAGCAGAUUUGAGAAGAAGGGGUUCUCACUGAAAGGUCUGAAGCUAAUUUCUGUCGACCGUCCUUUUGCUGAGAAGCACUAUGAGGACUUGUCUGCAAAGCCCUUCUUUAACGGAUUGGUGGAUUACAUUAUCUCUGGUCCUGUUGUUGCUAUGAUUUGGGAGGGUAAGAAUGUUGUGACAACUGGCCGAAAGAUAAUUGGAGCCACAAACCCAGCACAAUCUGAGCCUGGAACAAUCCGUGGGGACUAUGCCAUUGAUAUUGGCAGGAAUGUCAUCCACGGAAGUGAUUCUGUUGAAAGUGCAAGGAAGGAAAUUGCAUUAUGGUUCCCCGAAGGUCCUGUCGCUUGGCAGAGCAGCGUCCACAAGUGGAUCUAUGAGUGAAACUCGACUGCCUCAGCAAUUCCAUCAAUGUUAUGAUCCGCUGUUGCUAAACUUGUGUUCUUUAGUUAUCUCUUUUAACAGUUGAACGUAUUUAUAAAUUUUGAUCACUACCUAUGUUCGUGAGUGUUUACUGAAGCUUCUUUGGUAUUUGAUGGUGGUGAUGAGUGAUGGGUUGCGACUGAAAUCUACUUUUGUGGCUUGAUAAUGCAUUAAUUUCACCUGUAGCGACCAAAUCAGUUCAAGUAUGAACUGUACAACUAAAUCGUCUGGUUGCCAAGUACUGAUGAUUACUUGUAUGCACAGAGGGUUUCCAAUGGAUGAAUCAAUAAUUGCAGAU